GCCGCCAGUCAGACACCGCCCGCCAACCACGACGCGCGCGCUACACCAAUUCGAAAACUUUUUCUUCAGUUCAUUUUUAAAGUCAGCUUGUGAAUUUAAUUUUAUAAUUUAAAACAGUGAAGUAAUCUGUGAUUUAUAAACUACUAGCUCUGUGAUUUUAGCCGGCUUCGUUCGAGUGUAUCAUGAUGCAGUGAAGACAGUUGGGUCGGUCCAGCAGCCAUGGAGGACGAGGAGCGCAUCGCGCGCGAGGCCGCGCUGUGCGAGGCCGCCAACAACCGCACCGUGCCGCCGCCCGGCCCGCACUGCCCCGGCGUCUUCGACUCCUGGCUCUGCUGGCCCCACACCCCCGCCAAUACCACCGUCUUUGCCUACUGCCCCGACUUUGUACCUGGUUUUAGUCCAGAACUCCAAGCUCACAAGGAGUGCACGGCAGACGGCACCUGGUUCAAGCAUCCGGAAACCAACCGCGUCUGGUCCAACUACACCACCUGCGUCAAACCAGAAGACGAUGUGAGCGACAUCAUCGCAGUGUACGAGGCGGGCUACAGCGUGUCGCUGGUCGCGCUGCUGCUCUCGCUCUGCAUUCUAUCUUACUUCAAGAGUCUCCGAUGUGCUCGCAUCACGGUGCACAUGAACCUGUUCGCGUCGUUCGCGUUCAACAACGCGCUGUGGCUGGCGUGGUACGCGCUCGUGGUGCGCUCGCCGGAGACGCUCACCGCCUCGCCCGCCUGGUGUCGCGCGCUCAACGCUACCCUACAAUACGCAUUACUCACUAACUACACCUGGAUGCUAUGCGAAGGAUUGUACUUACACACUGUGCUCGUCAGCGCAUUUGUGUCAGAACGUAGACUUGUACGGGCAUUGCUGGUUGCUGGCUGGUUGUUACCAGUUCCAUCGGCGGCAGUACAUGCGGCUCGUCGAGCGGCUGCCGAUGAGCAAGUUUGCUGGAUGGACGAAGGAGCGCCGCGACCCGAGCUUGCGGUGUUAGUCUGCGUGGCAGUGCUCCUCAACCUCGCAUUCCUGUGCAACAUCGUGCGUGUGCUCUGCACCAAACUGCGGGCGGGAGGGGCGCUGGGGGGAGGUGCGGGUGGUACCAGCAGACCUUCAGCUACUGCACUUCAUGCGUUAAGAGCAACUUGUCUCCUAGCUCCGUUACUAGGUCUUCAGUAUUUACUGACGCCAUUCCGGCCCCAGAAGACAGCAAGCUGGUGGCUGGUGUACGAGUUCGUGUCAGCGCUGACCACGUCGCUGCAAGGGCUAUGCGUGGCCGUGCUGUACUGUUUCUGCAACGGCGAAGUGCUGGCGCAGCUGCGGCGACGCUGGCGCGUGCUCACCUUCCGCCCGCGCGCCAACUCCACCACCAACACUACGGUCUCGGUGCGUAUGCGGCAGCAGCUGCUCGUCUGCGCUUGCUGACAACCCUAUUUUGUGCGCUCAGCGGCGCCAGGUGCAGGCGAGGACAAGGUGUGACUGGCGGUGGGCGGAGGCGAGGUGGGGUGUGAGCCCGGGGGGGCGGGGGUCGAGGCGGACGAGCGCCCGCGCAACAACGACGCGCGCCACAUCCGCUUCGAGCUCGUCGACAGCGACGACGACGCGCCCCCUGAAACCCGGCUCCUUUAAACACCCCUCAUACCCCGCCGCCGCCCGGCUUCCCGCCACAACAUCGCUGACGCGAACAAAAGACCCAGUGACAGUGAAAUCGGUUGUUGUAGUAAAGUAUAUAUGUUGUUAAUCGUGACGUUCUGUAUAUAUGUAUUGUAAGUAGUAGUUAAGAUAACGGGUACUUAACGAUAUAGUAAAAUACAACGACUUUGUAAAUACCAAAGCUUCGAUAGAGGGGAAAAGCUGUGUACCUUUCAAUGUAUUUCUAGUUCAGCCGCAGGGAGUUCGAUAGAGGACCUCUCUGCCAGCGCUGUGUGAUGUUGGAGCCAUGUGUGAUGUAAAUAUUAUAAUGUUGUAAAUAGUUUUGUAUAUUUAAAAUAAAAUGAGAGCUGUUACAAGAACGUUUUCAUACUUCUUCUUUACGUUUGUAGGUAUUUAUAGAAGAUAGUUUGAUAUUUGAUUUUCUGAUGUCACGGCAUCAGACAGCUACUGCCAUUUAACUGUUAUUUUUAUUGACAACACCCAGCACAUAAUCGUCGGCAUUGUUGAAAUGAUUUUACCAUAGAAUAAAGUAGUAGACAAUAUGUGUAA